AUGAAAGGGCUGGGAGCCAACCGCAGCCGCCAUCUGUCCGAGUCGUGCGACCCUUUAUCAGGGCCACCGGAGGCCCUGUACCCUCAGCCCCCCGUCCCCCCCCGCAGCCCCUACCUCCUCAGCCCCACCAUGGACCACUACGGCACCAUGGACCCCAACCACUUCCCCCCCUCCGCCGACUGCAUGCUGCCCCUCAACAACCAGCUGUCCAACAGCAGCACCUUCCCCCGCAUCCACUACAACUCGCACUACGAGCAGGGGGGCUUCCCUCACGGCACGCCGCCCGGGGGCGACAGCAUCGGGGGCAUCAGCACGGGCACGCUGGGCCCCUCCAUGUCCAUGGGCGUGGGCGCGGGCCCCGGCCGGGGGCCCGUCAUCACCAGCGGCUCGGCCACCAUCUCGGCCGGCAGCAGGAUGCAGCGGCUGCCCCCGAACCUCCUGGACCAGUUCGAGAAGCAGCUCCCAGCCCAUCGCGACGGCUUCAGCACGCUGCAGUUCCACCGCAGCGCCGCCUCCAAGCAGCGGGCCGACAGCCCCGGGAGGAUCCGCUACCUGGUGCACUCCGUCCAGAAGCUCUUCGCCAAGUCCCAGUCGCUGGAGACCUCCGGAAAGGGCAACGUCAACGGCCGCUUCGCCGGCGGCGGGGGGUCCUCCGGGGUGGGGGCCGAGGACGGCAAGCAGGCCCGCCGCAGCAAGAGCAAGGACCGGGCCAAGACCGAGGGUGCCAAGCGUCGGCCCCGCUCCAACAUGUCGGGCUACUGGAGCUCGGACGACCUCGACAGCGACGUCAGCAACUACCGCAACCCGGCGGCCAUGCUGGCUCUCCAGGGGCCCGAGAGCCAGGAGCCCAACAAGUACUACCCCCAGGGCUACAACACCAUCAGCGGGCACACGCUCAAGACCUCCAAGAGCAACAGUAGCAUGGAGUACCAGGCCUACCAGGCUCUGGUUGCGCAGGGAGGGGGAGGGGGCGGGGGCGGGGGGGAUCCCACUCACUUCCUAAAGGGGGGCACCUGGUCCACCCUGACCCUCAGCCAGGCCAGGCAGUUGAGCCAGAAAGGCUCCGCGACGAUCGACCGGUCGCUGCUCAAGUCCAAGUCGUGCCACCAGGACCUGGCGUGUCACUUCCUGCAGGUACGGGGUCGAGUGCCUCCGGGGGACUGGAACAGCACGCUGGGCCGGGGAGCGGGCUCCAGUGAGAUCCCCUGCAGACGCAUGCGCAGUGGCAGCUACGUGAAGGCCAUGGGGGACCUGGAGGACAGCGAGGACUCGGAAGGCAGCCCCAAACCCUCGCCCAAAACAGCCGCCCGCCGCCAGAGCUACCUGAAGGCCACGCAGCAGUCCCUGAGCGAGCAGCUGCCCCCGCGCAACAGGUCUCUGGGCUAUUCCAUGCUGCAGGGGGACCUUGAGGCGCUGUGGUCGCCCCUGCAGAGUGUGUCCUCUCUGCAGCAGCUGGGCAGGUCAGUGAGCUGUCUCCCCUCCCUGCGGGAACUCUCCAACAACCGCAGCCUGGACAACCUGGACUGCAUCAGCGGGCCCGUGAGCUCUGACUUCCCCCGCUGGGAGGAGGAGGAGGACUUCACCCAGGGCUGCAACACGCUGGGAAAAAGCAGCUGUACAACCCAGGUGCGGGAGCUCCAGGUGAGCCAGCGGUACGAGGAGACGUGCUCCGAGGCCGUGUUCUGCGAGAGCGACUCCCAGGGGCCCGAGCCCCUGGACCUGCCCAUGCCCACCUGCUUCCGCUCGCGGAGCCACAGCUACCUGCGCGCCAUCCAGGCCGGCUGCUCCCAGGACGACGACACCGCCUCCAUGGACUCAGACUCGCCCCCGCCCACCGCCACCACUGUGCGCACAUACAGCACCAGCACCAUCUCCACCUGCAUAACCACCUGUAAGAAGACCGCCCCGCCCCCCGUGCCCCCCCGCACCACCUCCAAGCCCUACAUCUCGGUGACGGUGCAGAGCAGCACCGAGUCGGCGCAGGACACCUACCUGGACAACCAGGACCGCAAGAGCGAGGCCAACAGCCAAUCGGGCCGCAGCAACUCAUCCGACAGCCUCGACAGCACCCGGGCCAGCGGCCUGGCCAAGGGCCACCGGGCCCCGCCUCCUGUGGCCGCCCCCCGCGACCCCCCGCCCCCCGCCAGCCCGCCUCCCAGAGACGCCCAGCACGGCUCCCAGCAUGACACCCUGAGGAGAGCCAAGGGCACCCUGACCGCCGAGGAGCCCCGAGCCGAGCCCCUGCCCCGGAGGAAGCUCUCGUCCAUCGGCAUACAGGUGGACUGUGUUCAGCCGGCCCCGAAAGAGGAGACUCCGCCUCCACCCCCGCCUCCGGCCAGAUUCCAGUCCAUCGGAGUGCAGGUGGAAGACGGCUGGGAGCUCAGUCGCUCCAGCAGCAUGACGUCCAAACAGGAAACGGACUCCGACACCCAGGACCUCCCCAACUACACGCCCGCGGCCAAGCCCGGUGAGAAGACCAUGGUGAACAGCGCCUGCCAGUCCACAGACUCGCCCGUGUCACAUCCCCAGGGCAACGGGGAGGGCGGGGCCGGGGCCGGGCGCCAGCCCCCCGGCCGCACGGCCACGCGCAGCAGCUCCUCCUCCUUCUCGGAGAGCCUGGACCCCGCCCUGGACCCCUCGUCCCUGCCCCCGCCCGACCCCUGGCUGGAGAGCGGGAACGGCAGCGCCCCCAGCGGGGCCCCCCAGCCCGGCGCCCCGGCCUGCCGCAGGGACGGACACUGGUUCCUCAAACUGCUGCAGGCCGAGACCGGCCGCAUGGAGGGCUGGUGUCAGCAGAUGGAGCAGGAGACCAAAGACAACCAGCUCACCGAGGAGGUGCUGGGGAAGGUCCGUAGCGCAGUGGGCUGUGCGCAGCUCCUCAUGUCUCAGAAGUUCCAGCAGUUCAGAGGACUCUGCGAGCAGAACCUGAAUGUCAACGCCAACCCGCGGACCACCGCCCAGGACCUGGCGGGCUUCUGGGACCUGCUGCAGCUCUCCAUCGAGGACAUCAGCAUGAAGUUCGACGAGCUGUACCACCUCAAAUCCAACGACUGGCAGCUGAGCGAGUCCCCGGACAGGAAGGAGGAGAAGAAGCAGGCCCCCCCAGUGCCAAAGAAGCCCUCUAAGGCCAAGCCGGCGGGGGGCCGAGAGAAGUCCGCCGGCGACUCGGACAAGCAGCGGCAGGAGGCCCGCAAGAGGCUGAUGGCCGCCAAGCGCGCGGCCUCGGUGCGGCAGAACUCAGCCACAGAGAGCGCGGACAGCAUCGAGAUCUACGUCCCCGAGGCCCAGACCCGUCUCUGAGAGACAGGGAGGGGAGCCCUGCAGGGGGACGGGGGACGGGGUUCACCCCCUUUUUUUUAAAGGUGAAGGAACCCAGGUGUACACCAGUCCUUGAGGCAGCACACAGGAAGAUUCCAAACGACUUUGGGACAGGGGAGACACAAAUAAAGCACUCCUUUUACAUGGAAAAACCUCAACCACAGACUUUAUUGCUAUUAUUGUUAUUAAUAAUAUUAUUAUCUCCGUAACUAUAUCAGACUGUCUUAAACUUUAUUAUAUCUUGGAUAAGAGAUCUUCUGCCAAUGCGGACUGAAGCAAUGACACACAUUGACACU